AUGCUUGCGGCCCACGUAAUGAGGAACUUUGGAACACCAUUCAUGCUUGCUGAGCGUGCUUUGAAACUUCACGGUAUUCUCACUCGCAUAUCAAGGGCACAUGAAGCACCAUUUGUAGAACAAGCUGGUUUUCGCAAGUGUUCAGCUGCGUGGAUCCUAUCAGUGGGUGAUGAAGUAAUUGUAUUGGAACGUGAGAUGUAUAAAAGUAUGGGAGAUUCCUCUCGAACCUUCGUUUCGCGGACGACGUUGUUCUUUGCUCGAAAAAUGCCAGAAGGAGAUGCCGAAAGAAUUCACGAAGAACGCCUUUUGCGAGGAUCAGGAAAUAGUAUUAGAAGGCUCAAUCGCGGAGUCUCCUUUGGGCGCUCGAUGGACAUGGGAACUCUGGAAGAAGAACUAAACUGGAGGCGAGGAUUAGCUUGGGCAGCUUUCCAUGAAGAAGGCCACAGAGAUGAACUGGGGGGCCCACAGCUCUGA